UAAAAUUUGAAAAGCACUUUCCCUCUCAAAAACUCCCCAACAUGAGGUGAUUAGACAGGAAAAACGAAAGCCUACCUAGUGUUCGUGAAAUGCUAACUAGAAAUUCCGUUCCUAGAACCCCACAAGCCACUGCCAUGCGCAGAUCUGCAAGGCUUCUCAACCAAAACACUCCCUUUAAGUCAAAGGUCAAUUCCAAGGACAGUACUGCUAGCUCUACAGUUAAACUUUCCAAGAAACCCAUACACUCAAAUCAUGGUUCCACAAAUCAUAUAAGGUCAACGCCUCAGUUGCGAAGGUCUCAAAGAACGAGCACUGUUUCAAGUGAGAUAUCAAGAAAUUGUGCAAACUCAACGCCUGGGUUGCGAAAAUCUCCAAGAUUGAGCAGUGGGUCUUUGUCUAACAAGCCCGAGGGUAGCAAAUUUGUCGAGACAAAGAAUGAUGGAUCUAAGAAGAACGAGAGUAUAAAGGAGGGAUCGUUGGAUGAAAAGGAAAGGGAAGCUUCUGUUGGAUUGAAAGUGACUACAGUGGACAGGAAAGAAAGUGAAAGAAGAGAAGUUCGUGAAAGAAAUGAAGUUGUUGGAGUUAAGAGAAAGAGAAAGUGGAAGCCUGACAAUAGAGGGGAUACAGUUCUUCAAGGGUGGACAAGGGAGCAAGAAUUGGCUCUGCAAAGAGCCUAUUUUUCAGCCAAGCCAACGCCUAAUUUUUGGAAGAAAGUUUCAAAGCUGGUGCCAGGAAAAUCUGCCCAGGAUUGCUUUGAUAGAAUCCAUUCCAACCAUUUAACUCCAACUCAGCCUGAGCCUCGAUCGAGGGCAAAUGUAACAAACUUGUCGCCUAUCGAACAUUUGUCAUUCUCCGCAAGCAAAUUACUAGAGUCCUCUGCACCAAGGAAUAAAAGCUCAGGCCGCGGUAAACAGAAAAGCUUUCUCGUACAGAAAAAGACAGUGAGACAUUUGUUGCGAAAGCAUCAUCUUGUGGACGAAUGUGAUGAAGCGGAUCUGUUCUCCAUUCUUGAGCCCAACACAAGUCCAACCAUGCAUGGUGUACCGAAAGUUAUGGUUUGUACCCCGAAAAAAUUAUUGGAAAAACAGGGAUUUGUCCACAAGUGUCAUGAGAGAUCUUCUUUGGGUCGUAAGAAGCACCAUUCGAGACUUGGUAACUCAGGUACUGGAGCCCUUGUUAGUCCCCCAGUGUUGAAGCAGAUUAAAAAUAAGGCUUUACAUGAGAAGUACAUCGACCAGCUACAUACCCGGGAGGCUAAGAGAAAAGCUGAACGUACACAAGUUGAAAAAGCAGUACUUGGAAAGGAGAACAGAGGAUAUGUUCAAAUCCAAGUAGACAAGGUUAAAGCAGCAAAAAAUGCAUUAGUUUCUGAUGCAAGAUAUGUUAUUAACCAGAUGCAACAACUGCAGACCACUAGUGUUGACAACUCUUCGGAGUUGGAUGACAUCGAUGAUGAUGACGACGAUGAUGUUAAGCUAUAACAUUUUGAUUUUUAUUUUGUAUGAUAAUCUGCUAUAACUAGAAUGCUAAUUGUGUCAUAUGUUGUUUAAUGAACUUGUAGUUUAGCAAAUUGGAACAUAGUAAUUUAUUUCCUCAUUCAAGUAAUAAAAAGGAGGAGGUUGAUUUCAA